AGUACUGCGCACGCACUUCAUUGUUUCUCACAGAGAAACACUCUCAGGGACGGGCGACACGAUCAACAACACCCAGUUGACAAGCCAAUAUCAGCUGCUACCAAAUAGUUCGUGCCUGAUGACGAUGGCAGUCGCCAGCUCCCGAAACGUCACUGUGUUUCGUCGUAGGAAGCCCGCGGUGUUUGACUGUGCUGUGAUGUGAACUGUGAAGAUGUGGUUGAACAGCUUUAUAAUCCUGGUUCUGGCUGUCAUGUUCUGGAGGAAGCUGUCUGAACCUCUACAAGACAAGAACAAUGAAGUGGCUUUUCUUAAUACAUCUUCGCUCGUGAGGAGACACGGCUACCCCGUCGAGACCCACGAGGUGACGACUGCAGACGGCUACCGGCUGACUCUGCACCGCAUACCCGGCGGAGGGCGGCCCGUGCUGCUGCUACACGGGUUCCUGCAGAGCUCCGCCUCUUUCCUGCUCGGCGACCCCGGGCACUCUCUGGGCUAUAUCCUGGCAGAUGCAGGCUUUGACGUUUGGCUGGGAAAUUGGCGUGGAAACUUUUACAGUCAAAAACAUUCGAAUAAAUUCAUUAGUAGACAAGAAUUUUGGAAUUUCAGCUGGCACGAGAUGGGAGUGCACGAUCUCCCUGCCUUCAUAGACAAGAUCCUGCACGAGACAGGGAGGCCACAACUGAGCCUCGUGGGCUUCUCCAUGGGCGCGGCAGCCUUCCUGGUGCUGGCUUCCCAGAAGCCGCAGUACAACGACAAGGUGUCUGCCUCGGUGUGGGUCGCGCCGGCGGCCUUCCUCCAGCACACCUCCACGUCCUUCAUGGGCUACUUCUUCACUGGCGCCCAAGCCCUGCAGUCACUGCUGGCGGCAGUGGACAUAUUCCAGGUGCUACCCCGCUACUCUGUAUGGGGGAAGUUGUUCCUAAUGCUGUGUGCAAAUGAUCGAGUGACAAACAGUGUCUGCACUGCGAUCUACUCUCUCAUUGGUGGACACAACCCUUCAAAUUUGAACAAAAGUGUGCUGGCCACGGCGUACGGACACGACCCCAGCGGCACCUCGAUGAAGACAGCGGCGCACUACGGGCAGUCCGUGCAGUCAGGUUCAGGCAGUACGACUACGGCCCGGGGAACAUGCUGCACUACGGCCAGUCGCAGCCUCCCGACUACGACCUGGCCAGGAUCACCGCGCCCGUGUCCAUCUUCUACGGAGGCGCCGACACCGUCACACACCCUCAGGACGUGGAGAAUCUCUACAGCAAGCUGGUUGGCAGUAAGUCCCGGAAUCUGCACUUGCUCAAAAACUACACUCACUUGGAUUUCACGUGUGGGAUGGAUGCUCACCGGCGACUCUAUCCUCGCAUUGUGUCGAUACUCAAUACACACUAGCGUUCUGCGAAAACACAUAAACAAAUCUCAUUAGUGUGCUGAAAAUGAGGACAAAUAUGUAAAUAUUGCUGACAGAAGAUUUAUUAUUUAUAUUUUGUAGGGUUAAGAAUCCUCAGUCACAAAUUAAAAUAUAAAAAAAAAAUCUGUUCUAACAAUCAUAAAAAUAUUACAUCUAACUACUUACAAACAAAUAAAUAUUUUUUUGACAAGAACUGAAUUUCUCUUAUUUUGCUUGUCUGAAUAAAAAAAAAUUAUGUGUAAUCAUUUCUUCAAAAAAUUCGUAAUAAAGUUUUAAAUAAUACUACACAUUUCUUAAAAA